ACUGCGCCCGCAGCCGCCUACUGUCCUGGCUCUGGGCGCCUCCUGCUCUGGGCAUGGCGCUGCACUGGGCCCUGGAAGCCCUGUGCCUCCUACCACUGCUGAACCCACAGAACCCAGCCUGCGCCAACGUCACGGCCAUGCCCAUCACCAGCGCCACCCUGGACUGGCUCAAUCGCAGGUGGUUUUACGUUGCCUCCGCCUUUCGAAACCCAGAGUAUAAACAGUCAGCUCAAGAGGUGCAGGCAGCAUUCUUCUACUUUCACACGAACCCCAGGGAAGACAGAGUGAUGGUCCGGGAGCACAUGACCACUGGGGAUCGCUGCAUCCAGAACUCCACCUUCCUGAAGGUGCAGAGGGCGAACGGAACCUUGUCCAAAAUAGUGAAGGAGAAGGAGCAAGUAGCCCACCUGCUGCUCCUGCGGGACCCCCGGAGCUUCAUGCUGGGCUUCUCCCUGGAUGACGAGCACAAGCGCGGGCUCUCCUUCUACACUGACACGCCAGAAGCCACCCCUGAGCAACUGGAGGGGUUCCACCAGGCCAUCCAGUGUGUGGGCCUGCACACAUCGGAGAUCCUGUAUGUGGACUGGAAAAAGAACAAGUGUCAGCUGAAGCAGCAACAGAAGACAAAGGGAGAGGCGGAGCCCUAGGAGGACAGUGCUGGGCGGCACCUCAGGGGCUGGGGCCAUCUCACCCCUCUUGCCCCUGUGCCUCUGCUUUAUCUCUGCAUCAAUAAAGGUCCUGCUGGGGGCAGUCAGGUUGCCAGUCA